AUGUGUGCGUCAAAAAACGAUGCCCUUUUCGAUGAAAUUCACCUAUCCGACAACGCAAAGCCCUUGAUAGACCCUAAUACCUGUGCCACAUUCGUCGUUCGUUUGCUUCAUCAUGCUCGCCAACUGUGGCCGCAAGCACAGCUUCCUAUUGUGCGUACAUUCGCAUUUUACCUUACUCUCCUGGAACCAGAGGGGGCUGGUACUAUGGCAUCAGCGACACCGCGAAAUGUCCAGGUGCUGGCUGGGAAAUGCAAUACAUUUCUUCGGUUACUCUCGCUACCUUGCAGACAGGGACCUUUCACUUCGGCUUCAAUACAGCAGCAGGCACAGUUCGAGCUCCUGAGAGCAAUGGCCAGAAAUCAGCCAGUCCUGCCCGUCACGCGUCGAGGGUACCAAGCUAUCAUCGCGGUACAGCUAGCCCAUAAAAAAACAUUAGCCGAGAGACAAUCCGCAGAACUAAAGGCUCCAUCAUGGCCGCCAUGGAAGGAGGAAAAGCUAGGUCUUGACUCCCAGAGAGGAAUCGAAGGAUUGAGGAGCCGUGCUAUGCGAGUGAUGUCUCAGAUGAAAGAAGCAGGUUAUGCUCAUAGUCGCUGGGAGGAAGUAUCCAGUAUCUUUGCCGGAUGGGACACGGACAAGAGUCCUACUAUUCAAACAAGGACCCUAGCGCGCCAGCCAUGGCGUCUGCGUGGACGUGUUGGGAAUGCGGGCCACCACGCAAUCUGGGAAGCUCGUAUCCGGGCUACAAGGACUGUGCGAGAAGCCUGGGCUUGUUUUCUGUCGUAUCGAGACCAAGGCUUACCUCCACGCGGGAGCAUCUACACUGCAAUGGCCGAGAAAUUGAUCUAUCGGCGAAACGCAUUGUAUUCCAAUUUUGAUCAAACGAGUCAUGCUUUGCCAGGUGAUGCUUUGGAAACUUUUCCCGAACCCUUGUCUGCACGAGACUUAAUUUAUGUGCAUACGGAGCCACCCACGUUAGACGAGCUCCUCACACAAAUGCUCUCUGACGGGAUCCGGCCGCAGGCAAGAUUUCUUUCUCUCUUGCUACGACACGCGCCGAGCUUUAGAUCUGGCCUGGAAUACCUGAGCUGCAGUGAUUUGUCUAAUGAGCAGAUCAGAGCCUUGUGCACCGUCUGGGCACAUAAGUCUGUCUACGACGAACAAAGUCGAAAAGUUGUAAACGAACUUCCCGCCCAUCUAUUCUCAGCCUUUGUAUACUUCUUGUGCAAGUUCUCGACCUUCGGUGAAUUGUCAGCCAGACAUGCGAGAGACGCAUUUCCGAUCAUAUUGGGCAGUUCGCAGAUGGCACAAGGGGAGACAUCGACCCUUUUCUCCCAGGAUGAGUACUUAGGAAAUGGAAAGGAAUAUCGGCACCCAAAGACGUUAGCACACGCCAUCGAACUGCUUAGAGUACGGCACCCCGGGUCCCCUCAAGCAUGGGUUUUUGUGUUGUCGGCUUUGAACAAAGACCGCGUCACGAGUCGUUUUCCCAAUAUGAAUAGAAACAUCCAGCGUGUUAUAGCUUGGCACGAAAUCCUAGAAAUUACAGGACGGAUGGAGUAUCACGAUAUUCAACUCGGCCUGCAGGGCUUCCAGACUUUAUGCAGCGGUUUUUCAAGGGCGGUAAACGCUGGGAUCCAGAGCCUCGAUGCUGUGGAAGAAGCCCUGGAGGUCGUUGGUAACGCUGCGAACCAGGGAAAGCUGGCAUACAUAGGUCUCGCCUGCCCGCGAUUCGAGGAUAUGGUCCAGAAUGGUCUGCGGGGCCUUAAAGACCAAUUUGACCGACUUGUUCUUCCAGACUCUAAAACUCCAUCAUUGUUUGGGUCUGGUAGACCAUCAUCCGACAAUGCCACCGAUGCCCAAGUAAUUUUGCCACCAUUACUUCAUGUGCCUUCUCCUGCCGUUCUUCACGCAUUUGUCAGAUCAUUGGGUUUGGCUGAAGAUUACGAUGGCCUCUUAAGCCUUCUCCGAUGGAUGUCUCAGUAUGCGGCGCCCCUUAAGGAGGCGUCCGAUGAGUACUUGAAUGGUGCGGUGAUGAUGCGACGAACUUUGGUGGCAAUGCGGUUAUUUCUCGAGGGAUAUCAGGAAAGGCAGUCUUGGGAAUCACUCCGUUGGACAGCCUCAGCUGCGCAAGCGCGUGGCUUAAGGGGAUAUGAGCAUACAAGUGAGGUUUCCCCCGAAGAUUCCGAGAGAUUGUCAUUCUCCGAUCCGAAUCUGCAAGAGGCAUAUGACAUAGUCACGGCAACGCACGUUUGGGGCCCCUGGCCUAGCGACGAGGAAGUCGAGGAAUAUUACGCUAAUCACCUUUAUCACUCGAAGAUGCCGCCACGCCUGCCUCUUUUACAUACAUUGCGACAGCCCUCGGUCUUGUCGGUUCGUGUCAGAGUCACAAGAUUCAGCACCGCGGCGGAUGAUGCAGUGAUACAGACCCAGCAGAUCCCUGCGCCCGGCUCCGGGAAUAUUCGAGUCCUGCUGCUGAACAGACCCAAAGCCCGGAACGCAAUUUCCAAGAAUCUUUUGGACAGUCUGGAUAAGCAUGUCCAGUCGAUAUCUGCGGAGGGAGGCACCGGUCCGACACGGGCCUUGGUCAUUGCCAGUAAUGUGGAUUCGGCCUUUUGUGCGGGCGCAGACUUGAAAGAGCGAGUAAAUAUGACCAAGGAAGAGACAAAUGAAUUCUUGUCCAAGCUGCGCGGUACGUUCCGUGAUCUGGCUGGGCUACCCGUCCCCACAAUUUCUGCCGUGUCUUCUACGGCGCUGGGAGGUGGGCUAGAGCUCGCUUUAUGUACGCAUCUACGUGUCUUUGGCUCAUCCAGCAUUGUUGGAUUGCCCGAGACCAGACUAGCUAUCAUCUGGGGCGGGAGGCACGUACGCCUGCCGGGGAUUGUUGGGGUGAACCGCGCCCGAGACCUCAUUCUCACUGGGCGACGUGUGUCGGGCGCCGAGUCAUACUUUAUGGGGCUCUGCGAUCGGCUCGUCGAAAUCUUACCUGAAGAGGAGCAAAAGGAGGGCGCGGCGCGCGAGAAAGUGCUCCGGGAGAGCAUCAAACUGGCCAUGGACAUCUGCGAAGGUGGACCCAUCGCUAUCAAGCAGGCACUGCAGGCCGUGAAUGACUUCCAGAAGGGCGAGGUGGCAGAAAACAAGGCUUAUGACGGUGUGGUGGAGACGGAGGAUCGCUUCGAGGCUUUGCGGGCGUUCGCCGAGAAGAGGAAGCCUGCUUUCCGGGGGCGAUGA